AUGGUCCAAAGCGCCCGUUCUCCAGUCACUUUGCUCUUCCUGAUGGCUCUCGCAGCUGCGUCUCCUGCUCCUCUUGUAAACUCUCGGGAUGUAGUUGCUGUGGCUGACUGGUCCUGGGAACAUUGGGUUGAGACAAUCAUUGCCGACCCUGAAAGCGCUCUAUCCGUCGAUGAAGCCCUCGAAGCUGCGGCCAAAUCCACUGCGGCUCACGAGGGUAACUCUUUUAUUUCUACUAAUUGUCUCUAUAUGAAUGUCAAAAUUGGGUAUGUGCGUGCUAACAUGGUAUCUGUAGAUGGCCCACUUGACAAGAGACAGGAGCAGUUCCUCGUUUGCAACGAUGGCAAGCCUUCUGCUUGGGCACCUGAUGCUGUGACGUGUAUCAACUACCUUGCCGGUCUCAACGCCAAUUGCGGGACUAGAACGGCGACGGCGAUGUGUACCGCUGGUAAUGCGCAAAUUGUUGGAAGUGGCAGUGGAGCUGGAGAAGUGAGCACCAACUGUAACAAUGUUGCCCGCACUGCUGGGCGCAUCAUGGAUCGCUGCUGGAGAUCUGACAACACCGUUCAGGGAGGCAUGCCGGCUUACGAACAAGGCGCCAUGUGGGUUUACGUCUCAGCUCCUCUGAUUUGA